GAGGAGGGCUGGCGUGGGUUAGAUGCUAUAGAGGCGAAGGCCUCCUUUCGCUGCAGUUGGCCCAUUUAUUCGUUUAGCAAAUAUUGGACUAGUCCGUCAGCCUCGGUUUCCCCACGUGAAGAAAUCAAGUACAACAGCAGUACCGUCCGUGAGGGAUCCAGGAGAUCUUUAUGAAAGGAAAGCCUUUAACAUCGUCUGCCACGUAUUAAUCAGUUAGUUGUGUAUUAACCAGUUAGUGUUAGCAUUGUUAUUGGUUCAAGAAACACUAAUGAACGCCUGGAACUGUGCCCACGGGGGAUGUACGGGCUCAAACCCGGGUAUUCCCCGGAGCGAAGGAAAACCAGCCGCCUACGACCUGCGGGGGCCAGCGAACUCUAGCACGUGGGUGGGCCCUGAGCCUCACCCUCGGCCCCGCUCCCCGGGGCCUGCGCGCGGGCGCACUGAGGCGGCGAGGGCUGAGAAAGGAGACCACCCCAAGUGCUCAGGGUCCUGGGGAAGGCUCCCCCGCGUCCGGGCUAGUGUCCCUUUUGUCUGUCCGGUAAAUUCCACCCUGUCGCUUUAAGGCUGAAGUCUCUGGCCCCAACGCGGUGGAAAGCCCGAUGCAGCGCUCUGAUUGGGCGGGGCGUCCUGGUGACGUAGCUCCGGGUACAAAUGGGCCCAGGUGGCGGGCGCCGGGGCAGAGCGUCCUAGGGGUGUUUCGGCGCCGGUUGGCGUGAGCAGAGAAAGCGUGAGCCAGCGCGCAGUCCGAAGUGCGUCUACUCAGCAGGGAAGUCCCCACCGUCGAGUCGCCAUGGAGGUGCAGAAGGAGGCGCAACGCAUUAUGACCCUGUCGGUGUGGAAAAUGUACCAUUCGCGCAUGCAGCGCGGAGGGCUGCGGCUGCACCGGAGCCUGCAGCUGUCUCUGGUCAUGCGUAGCGCCCGGGAGCUUUACCUCUCGGCCAAGGUGGAAGCCCACGAGCCGCCGGAGGUGCCCUCGCCAGUCGCCCGCUCCCCCGACCCUCGCCUGCACCCUCCGCGGGAAGCACAAACCGCAGCGGAAGCAGCGUCCACCGACGGUGAGCAGCCCUGCCCGGAGCCCAUGGACACUCAGGAGGCGCCGAAAGCCGAGGAGACCCCUGCCCGCUGUGCCCCGAGACCCGCCAAAGUCAGCCGCAAGCGGCGGAGCAGCAGCCUCAGCGACGGCGGAGAUGCCGGACUGGUCCCGAGCAAGAAAGCCCGUCUAGAAGAGAGGGCCGCGGAGGAAGGGGAGUCUGCGGAGGUCCCCGAGCGCCUGCAGGCCCCUCCCGCGCAAGCGGAAGGCGCCUUCCCCAAUCUGGCGCGCGUCCUGCAGAGGCGCUUCUCCGGCCUCCUGAACUGCAGCCCCUCCGCGCCCCCGACAGCGCCGCCGCCGCCGGCCUGCGAGGCGAAGCCGGCCUGCCGCUCGGCGGACAGCGUGCUGAACGUGCUCGUCCGGGCCGUGGUGGCCUUCUGAGGCCCCCGAGCGCCGCUGCCGGAGUCCAGAGCGCGGGCCGGAGCGUCGGCCCGAGUACACAGACCCGAAGCCAGGCCGCCCCCGCGGGGCAGGCCCGCGGAAACGGUGGAGAGGAGCGGCGGCCCGGGAAGCUGUCGCCACCGUGUGCAGUGGCGGCGCCAAGGAACCUGAGCCGGGGCGGGGGCGCCUUCCUCCGAGCCUGGCCGCGCCCACAGGUGCCGGCUUAACCGACGGGGACGUGGCCUUCCCGUCCCCCGGGACUGGGUGAGGGGGGUCUGGUUCCUGACACUCCUCGGGGUCGGACUUUAUUUUCACCGGGGGCUGUGCUGCCCUUUCGAGGUGUUGCGGUAGUCGGUGUCCUCGUUCCCAGCGGCGCCCAGGCGCCCUCUUUCCCUCGGGGGACAUGCUUAUGCAAGCGGUCAUCGUUGCGUCACGGGCAGGCGUGGGGCGCUUCCUGUCGCCUCGCGUGGGUGUGGGGCCUGGGAGGGGGGCCGCCUGGGGCGCAGCCCCCGCGCUUCUGCCCGCACCCCUGCGCCUUCGGGGCAGGGGGAACGGAUCUCUUUUCAGGCUAAAUUUUUUUCUCGUUCGGUGCGUUCGAGGUGGGGAUGUGCGCACGGUCUGAAGCGCGACCCUCCCUCCGGCACAGACCAUCAACCCAGAAGACCUCGGUCUGAGUCACACGAGUGGGGGAAGGGGUGCCCGCGGUUCUGUGAGGCCGAGCUGGGCCCAGGUGCUGCUGAGACCGGGCCCGCUUGGGGAGGGAGAUUCUAGCCAGUGCGUUCGAGGGCCUAUUUACUCUGGUGGGUUCUGUUUAACUCUGUCUGUCUGGCCUUUUGCUAGAGAGACCAGAUACGAAAAUAAAGACCAUUUAACUGCAAA